GUCACGACCCCCGAAUCUCCGUAGUACUAGUAGUAGUCCAAACCCAUUUGUGUGUGUGUGAGUGUGAGUGUGAGUGUGUGAGUGAUGGCGAAAUUGAAGGUUGGGGGUACAUGGGCAGGGGUAAUAGAGGUAGAGCUUGAGACAUGGACGAUACCAAUGUUGAGGGAAGAGGUUGCCAAACGAUCAAACUGCAACGCUGACUCCAUCAACUUGAUAUGUGCCGGAAAGAUUCUCAGAGACGGUGACGGUGAUGUUGAUGGUGAUGAUGGUGUUGUUGCACAACAAAGCUUGACCCAAUUGGGUAUUAAGAACAACGCCAAGAUUCUCGCCACUCGUAUCUGUCUCGAAGAAGGCAAAUCCAUCAAAAGGGAGAUCGUCGCCGAGGAGGAACGCUCUCUCAGGCUUUCCAGGAUCAAGGCAGCUGCCACUGCAAUGGCUGAAAGGCAUGCAGAUGGUUCAUUACCUGUUGAAGACUUCAACGUAGAAAUUGAAGAUCAAAGUGGAAAAAAAGUUCAUUUAGGUUCUGAGACUGAUCAGAGGGCCAUAAUGAUGGGACUGAUGCUCGAUGCAAAUGGAAAGCGUCUUAUUCGACAGGGAAACUACAACGAUGCACUAGAAGUGCUCACCAUGGGAGAGGAAGCAUUCUCUCUUUGUGAUCCGAAGUUCCUUGAGCUUAUUGACAACGUUCCAAUAUUGCAAAUAAACAUGGUGUGGUGCUACUUUAUGAUCCGAGACAUCAGAUGGCUAUCAGAGGCAGGAAAGCGUCUUGAAAUGGCUAGGGCAGGAAUUGAACGGGCUCAUGGGAAGGAUUCUCUCCGCCUCAGACUUUUACAGGGUGGUCGUUAUCCUGAACUUGCAUUGCAUUUGAGACUGGAGUUGCUUGAAGGAGUGGUGGCCUAUCAUAGUGGUCAAUUGGAUAAAUCAAGAGCAGCACUGACUUCUGCAAAAGCAAAAUUUGUCCAGCUGCAAGUUUCAGAUGAAGCCUUAUCACUUGUUAUGAGCAUGGGAUUCAAAGAACGUGAUGCAAAGAGAGCACUGCGAAUGAACAAUCAAGAUGUGGCCGGUGCCAUUGAUUUUCUUAUUGAGGAGAAGGCAAAGAAAGAGCAAAAACGUGAGGAAGAUAUUCAGCGAAGAAAUGAAAUCAUGGAACAAAAGCAGUAUGGGAUGACCCCGCUAAAAAAAGCUGUAGAUCUGCAGAGAUUGGAGGAAUUGGUCUCUGUUGGGUUUGACAAGGAACUUGCAGCCGAAGCCCUUCGGAGAAAUGAAAAUGAUAUUCAGAAAUCAUUGGAUGAUUUGACAAAUCCAGAAACCAAUUCUGCUUUACAGGUUCAUAUCGAGUCAAGGAAAAGGAAGAGACAGAAACAAGCAACAGAAUCUGCAAUUGAAAGAUUUGUACAGAUGGGUUUUGAACGAUCAAGAGUGGUUGCUGCUAUUGAGGCUGGAGGCACCUCAGAUGAAGAAGAAGUAAUGCAAAGACUGAUAGCACAACCUGAUGCAAAUUCAACCGCAGCUUCCAAUGACAGUGCAAAUUCAUCUGCUGUUAAUGUUAGUUCGGAUACUGUAGGCCUAAUUGAUGAUGUUCAAGGUCCAUCCCAUCUCAGUAAAGCAGAAGAGCGAGAUGUGGAGAUGGAAGAUGAGCUUUCUGCAGAUAUAGCGAAAUCAGAUUCCUUGACUGAUUAUGACAUCGAAGUUAACAUAGAAGGGGAAGCCAUAACUGAAUACUUGUCUUUGGUGGAGUCAGCAGCAGGCAGCAGCGGGAAAAUGUUAACUUCCCAGUAAGAUAAUGAUUGUCAUAAAUAAUCAUCAGCUUCUGUAAAUAGCAGAAUGAUAUAUGAUAUAGGUGAUAUAUGUUUCUGCUUUUCGUUUUUGGGACUGUGGAGUGUUUAUAUAUAAUAUCAUGGGCAAUACUUUUCUCAUGUUUCAUGAGAAAACAUUCCUCAUGCCACACACCCAUAGAGAUUUGGGCCUUUAUUUUCUUUUUCUUUUUUUAAGUGUAGGACCCACUAAGGUUGUGUCUAUGGUAGGAGAUUAGUAUCUCAUAUUGCAUGAGAGUCUAUCAUAUUAAAUUCUUAGUUUGAACUUGCCACAACCAAUGUCUCUUGGUAACAAUCUACAGUUAAAUCAGAAGCUUAAAUAAAAACAUGGGGGCAUGUCAUCACAUAGUAAACAUGAGUGGUGACAUAAAAACGAGGUCUUAUAGGAGUGCUUGCAUAACGUGGGGCCAUUGAAAGUGGUGUGUAAUGAAUAUUUGAAAUCAGUAUGAUCAGGGU